AUGGCGGGAGACAAAGCAGCACCGUUCUUUGCGUGUUUAAAAAAGACCUCAACUUUUCAGUGGUCCACGACAUGCGAGGAAGCUUUUCGAGAGUUGAAGGAAUUAUUGGCUUCACCACCAAUAUUGGCAAAACCAACGCCUGGGAUCCCAUUAACACUAUACUUGGCGGUCACUAGUGCGGCGGUCAGUACAGUUUUGUUACAAGAGGAGAGUAAGCAGUAUAAGAUCGUCUAUUUUGUUAGCCACACCCUACAAGGGGCGGAAGUGUGUUACCAAAAAAUAGAGAAGGCGGCCCUUGCAAUACUUAAGACAGCCAGGCGACUUCGACCAUACUUUCAGACUUUCCAAAUAAAAGUGAAGACUGAUAUUCCGUUACGACAAGUUUUGCAAAAACCAGAUCUGUCAGGGCGACUUGUUAGUUGGUCGGUGGAGUUAUCAGAGUAUGACAAUUUUUAUAAGCCAAGAUGGCAAGUUACAAUUCAAAGCUUGAUUGAUUUUGUGGCGGAAUUGACGCCUACAGAGGGCGAGAGAAAAAACUCAGAGUGGGUUCUCUCCGUGGAUGGUUCUUCAAAUGAGCAGGGAAGUGGGGCCGGUGUAUCUACUGAGAGUCCCGACAACAUGUUAAUUGAGCAGUCGUUAAAAUUUGGGUUCAGGGCAAGCAACAAUCAGGCUGAGUAUGAGGCACUAAUAGCAGGGUUAAGACUUGCCAUCGAGUUGGGUGUGCAGAAGUUAUACAUAAAGGGUGACUCUCAGUUAGUGGUGAAGCAAGUUCGAGGCGAGUAUCAAGUGAAGGAUCCUCAGCUGUCUAAGUAUCUAGAAAUUGUGCAGAGACUCAUGCAGGCGAUCAGCCAAGUUAAGAUUGAGCACAUACCAAGAGGUCAGAAUGAGCGAGCAGAUGCAUUGGCCAAAUUGGCCAGCACGGGGCGAUUGGGAAAUUAUCAAACGGUAAUUCAAGAAGCAUUACCUCGCCCAAGUACAGAUAUUGCGGAGUUCAAAGUGGCGAAAGCCAUAGAGAGUGGCGAGCCAUCGUGGAUGGAUCCAAUCAUAGAAUUUUUAAAUCAGCAACCUCAAGAUGAAAGCAAAAAUACAAAGGAAAGAAGAAGGGAGGCUAGUUUCUACACUCUGAUCGGAGGACAAUUGUACCGGCGAGGAAUCAUGUCACAAAUGCUAAAAUGUGUAGACACUGAUAAGUCUCAAGAUAUAAUGGCUGAAGUUCAUGAAGGGGUCUGCUCAAGCCACAUUGGAGGGCGGUCGUUGGCCGUAAAAGUGCUUACACAAGGCACCCCCGGAACAGCUCACUACAAUGACCACCCCAUGGCCUUUCGUCAUGUGGGGGACGAACAUCUUGGGACCUUUUCCAACAACUAA